AUGUUUGUAAAUCAUUCAAGAAGAACCCCCCCCCUCUCUCUCUCUCUCUCUCUCUCUCUCUCUCUCUCUCUCUUAAACUUUUGUUUACUUUGCGGUUGUUUGUUCUCUUGUGCUCCCUGUCUGACUGUCCGUUUAUUCUCUCUCUCUCUCUCUCUCUCUCUCUCUCUCUUUCUCUCUCUCUCUCUCUCUCUCUCUCUUCUAUCUCAUUUCUCUGUGGGUGUUUCUUCACAUAAAUACUUAUCCCCUCUUACGAAUCGUUGGUCAACGAGUGAAACGUUGUUACUUUUUAAAGACGAACAAAACGAAGAAAAUGCUGCAUAUUGUCUUACAAACUCUCAGUCUGUACAUUCAGAAGAAAGCAAUUUCAGUCUGAAGACGGACAGUACUUCUCAGUUGGACAACAAAACAAGUAGCUUUAUGGUCUUUGAACAAAGCGAUAACUCAGUUGGCUUAUCUUCUGAACCGCCGUGGCAAUCAAAUAUUACGGAAAAACCUCUUGUUAUAUUUAGUCCAGAGAAAACAUCCUCAUUUGCUGGUCAGUUUGUUCAAGGAAACUAUCUAACAAAGAACGCUAAAGAAAGAGAUAGUUUGCAAGCUUUUACUGACGAGAUACCCCAAGCGGGAACCUUGUUGCCACUCCCACCCAUACGACAUAACGGAGCAGCAGCAGCAGCAGCAGCAGCGGUGAUCGAGUCGCCUGAACAAUUUCCGUCACCGACUCGUAUACUUAGACUCAGAUCGACAGCCGACGCUUCUUUACCUGUUGCAAUCACGCAAGAAGAUCAACAACACUAUCACCAACAACAGAAUAGCCAAUCGCAGAACAAUUUCAGUGUUGGUGGCGAACUCGAAACGGAAAGCGGCAAACGUGGAACGGUUCAGUGUUAUUACAAUUACCCGACAGAAGAGGACCUCAAAAACAGCACGUGUAACAACAAGCAGGAAUCCCUAUUUUCUGGUAUUACGGAUUUUGCCACUUUGGCUCGAACCAGUAUGAGCAGCAUUAAAAAUGAUAUUGCGCGUCGGCUGUCUACCACCGCAGCGCCAACAGAAUUUAAAAAAUUGCAAUGGCAGGGAAACGUCGGACCCGUGCCAAAAAACAGAGUUCAAAGUUUGUCGAUUAAUCCAGACUCGUCUUCGAGUGAAAACACAAAUCCUAGCAGUAGAGCUAGCCAAAUGCUGUUCCCAAAGCAUAAAGAAAGCGAUAAAAGGCGCAAGUCAGAAGGAGGGGACAUUUUAGGGACAACAGCAUCGCUUCGUAGACUGAGUCUUUAUACUCCUAGGGAAGAGCCACCAAUCACUGCACUUGCAUCAAAAUCAUCCGAAUCGGACACUGGUUUACGAGUAAACAAACCCAAAGCAGAAGAAAAACCCAGAAGAAAAUCUUACCUAAAAUCUCUUCCCGUUUAUGAUCGCGAACUUUACAAUCCUGAUGGUAGCCUAAGGACCGUGUAUUGUCUUCCAUCGUUCGACGAAUGUUGGGAACAAGCUCAGCAGGCUCGUUACAUUAGAACACGCGAAGUCAUGGACAGAGACAAAGAGUUGAGCGUUGACGAGGUCUUCGCUAAACAUGUAAAUAAUGUUGAAGAAUCCGUUAUGGAGAAAUAA